AUGGGGGACUACGGGGGGGUCAGGAGCUGGUCCAUUAUGAGGGACUACGGGGGGGUCAGGGAGCUGGUCCAUUAUGGGGGACUACGGGGGGGGGUCAGGGAGCUGGUCCAUUAUGGGGGACUACGGGGGGUCAGGGAGCUGGUCCAUUAUGGGGGACUACGGGGGGGGGGCAGGGAGCUGGUCCAUUAUGGGGGACUACGGGGGGUCAGGGAGCUGGUCCAUUAUGGGGGACUACGGGGGGGGUCAGGGAGCUGGUCCAUUAUGGGGGACUACGGGGGGGGUCAGGGAGCUGGUCCAUUAUGGGGGACUACGGGGGGUCAGGGAGCUGGUCCAUUAUGGGGGACUGGGGGGUCAGGGAGCUGGUCCAUUAUGGGGGGUCAGGAGCUGGUCCAUUAUGGGGGUCAGGGAGCUGGUCCAUUAUGGGGACUACGGGGGGUCAGGGAGCUGGUCCAUUAUGGGGGGUCAGGGAGCUGGUCCAUUAUGGGGGACUACAGGGGGGUCAGGGAGCUGGUCCAUUAUGGGGGGGUCAGGGAGCUGGUCCAUUAUGGGGGACUACGGGGGGUCAGGGAGCUGGUCCAUUAUGGGGGGUCAGGGAGCUGGUCCAUUAUGGGGGACUACGGGGGGGGUCAGGGAGCUGGUCCAUUAUGGGGGACUACGGGGGGGGGGUCAGGGAGCUGGUCCAUUAUGAGGGACUACGGGGGGUCAGGGAGCUGGUCCAUUAUGGGGGACUACGGGGGGGUCAGGGAGCUGGUCCAUUAUGGGGGACUACGGGGGGGGUCAGGGAGCUGGUCCAUUAUGGGGGACUACGGGGGGGGGUCAGGGAGCUGGUCCAUUAUGGGGGACUACGGGGGGGGGUCAGGGAGCUGGUCCAUUAUGGGGGACUACGGGGGGUCAGGGAGCUGGUCCAUUAUGGGGGACUACGGGGGGGUCAGGGAGCUGGUCCAUUAUGGGGGACUACGGGGGGGGUCAGGGAGCUGGUCCAUUAUGGGGGACUACGGGGGGUCAGGGAGCUGGUCCAUUAUGGGGGACUACGGGGGGUCAGGGAGCUGGUCCAUUAUGGGGGACUACGGGGGGGUCAGGGAGCUGGUCCAUUAUGGGGGACUACGGGGGGUCAGGGAGCUGGUCCAUUAUGGGGGACUACGGGGGGUCAGGGAGCUGGUCCAUUAUGGGGGACUACGGGGGGGUCAGGGAGCUGGUCCAUUAUGGGGGACUACGGGGGGGUCAGGGAGCUGGUCCAUUAUGGGGGACAAGGGGGGGGGUCAGGGAGCUGGUCCAUUAUGGGGGACUACGGGGGGUCAGGGAGCUGGUCCAUUAUGGGGGACUACGGGGGGGUCAGGGAGCUGGUCCAUUAUGGGGGACUACGGGGGGGUCAGGGAGCUGGUCCAUUAUGGGGGACUACGGGGGGUCAGGGAGCUGGUCCAUUAUGGGGGACUACGGGGGGGUCAGGGAGCUGGUCCAUUAUGGGGGACUACGGGGGGGUCAGGGAGCUGGUCCAUUAUGAGGGGCUACGGGGGGACAGGGAGCUGGUCCAUUAUGAGGGACUACGGGGGUCAGGGAGCUGGUCCAGUAUGA